CCUGAACCUCGGGUAACGGCGCGAGGGGCCUGAGUAGGGUGCGCAGCGGACCGCGAGCAAGUUGAAAUGGCCAACAGCUGGGGAAGCCUUUUGCAGGAUGAGCAGCAGCUGGAGGAGCUGGCACAGCAGGCAGUGGACCGGGCCCUGGCUGAGGGAGUGUUGCUCAGGACCUCACAGGAGCCCUGCUCCUCAGAUGUGGUGAGCUAUGCCCCAUUCACGCUCUUCCCCUCACUGGUCCCCAGUGCCCUGCUGGAGCAGGCCUAUGCUGUGCAGAUGGACUUCAACCUGCUGGUGGAUGCUGUCAGCCAGAAUGCUGCCUUUCUGGAGCAAACUCUCUCCAGCACCAUCAAAAGGGACACCUUUACUGCUCGUCUCUUUGACAUCCACAAGAAAGUCCUGAAAGAGGGCAUUGCCCAGACUGUGUUCCUGGGCCUGAAUCGUUCAGACUACAUGUUCCAGCGCAACGCAGAUGGCUCCCCAGCCCUGAAACAGAUUGAAAUCAACACCAUCUCUGCCAGUUUUGGGGGCCUGGCCUCCCGGACCCCAGCUGUGCACCGACAUGUUCUCAAUGUUCUGAGUAAGACCAAAGAAGCUGCCAAGAUCCUCUCCAAUAAUCCCAGCAAGGGACUGGCCAUGGGGAUCGCCAAAGCCUGGGAGCUCUACGGCUCAGCCAAAGCUCUGGUGCUAUUGGUUGCUCAGGAGAAGGAAAGGAACAUAUUUGACCAGCGUGCCAUAGAAAAUGAGCUACUGGCCAGGAACAUCCGUGUAAUCCGGCGAAGGUUUGAAGAUGUCUCUGAAAAGGGAUCUUUGGACCAAGACCGAAAGCUGUUUGUGGAUGGCCAGGAAAUUGCUGUGGUUUACUUCCGGGAUGGCUACAUGCCGAGUCAGUACAAUCUACAGAACUGGGAAGCACGCCUUCUGCUGGAGAGGUCAUGUGCUGUCAAGUGCCCGGAUAUUGCCACCCAGCUGGCCGGAACUAAGAAGGUGCAGCAGGAGCUGAGCAGAGUGGGCGUGCUGGAGGUGUUGCUCCCUGGCCAGCCUGAGGCUGUGGCCCGCCUCCGUGCUACCUUUGCUGGUCUUUACUCACUGGAUAUGGGUGAAGAAGGGGACCAGGCCAUUGCUGAGGCCCUUGCUGCUCCUAGCCGGUUUGUGUUAAAGCCCCAGAGAGAGGGUGGAGGUAACAACCUAUACGGGGAGGAGAUGGUGCAGGCCUUGGAACGGCUGAAAGACAGCGAGGAGAGAGCCUCCUAUAUCCUCAUGGAGAAGAUUGAGCCUGAGCCUUUUGGGAAUUGCCUACUACGGCCUGGAUGCCCUGCCCGAGUAGUCCAGUGCAUCUCAGAGCUGGGCAUCUUCGGGGUCUAUGUCAGGCAGGGAAAGACAUUUGUGAUGAACAAGCACGUGGGACAUCUGCUUCGAACCAAAGCCAUUGAACAUGCAGAUGGUGGUGUGGCAGCAGGAGUGGCAGUUCUGGACAACCCAUACCCUGUUUGAGGGCACAGUCAGGCCUGCUCAGACUUCUCUCAAGAGACCUAUCCCUCGUGCCUGUCAUUACUCUCCUAGUCCUCCUGAGAGGUGCUUUUCUCCCCCUACCUUUGGAGAAGAUUGAGUCUGAGCCUUUUGGGAAUUGCCUACUACAGCCUGGAUGCCCUGCCCGAGUAGUGUGAUCUAUUCUAGAGAUGGAUGAAUUCUAGGUACCUCCCAUUUGAGGACCAGAAAAGCUGUUUCCCUUAGGUGAGACCUAGAAGUCCCUAAAUCCUCGGGGUAUGGGUACAACUGAAAGGAAGCUGAUCUGGGGUAAGAGUCCAUAAUCCUGCCACCCUCCUGUCAGCCCCUGAGCCUUUCAGCAAGU